AGAAUCAGAGGAAGACAGGGGACAAAGAGACGAGAAAACAGAGGCAAUAGAACACGACAACAACAUAAUGAAAAGGGAAAGAAAGGAGAAAAAGAAGGAAGAGGAAAUAAAGAGGAUGACAACGCCAGAAACGAGGCAAGAGAUAGAAAGAGAGAGAACAAGAAAAAAUGAAUCAAGAAAUAUAAAGCAAGUGAAAAAGGGAAGGAAAAUAACUAGAAGGAACAAGAUACGGCAACUAGCAACAAAGAUAGCAAGAGAGAGACAGGAGCAAUAA